AGAGCUGGGAAGGAGGCUCUAGAUGGCGGCUGUGCCUUAGAGAGAGCGCGCUCUGCUCCCUGCCUUCGCCUCACUUUACGCAACUUUCCCUAACUUUCAGGCAGCCUCAGGGGGCCCCCGCAGCCCCCUGCCUGUCCUAGUGACUUACUGGGGUCGAUUCGAACCUUUUUUAGGGAGAAAAGCAGCUUUUGGGAGCUUUCUUUUCGUGCCUUGUUGGAAAGAAGCAGCCGUACUGAGAGCCCAGGUCGUUGUUUUUUCCAGCUUAGAAGCCAUGGCGCACCUCCAUUUUUGUGCGCUCUCCUAAUGAGGUUUUUUUUCUUCCGGACCCGUUUUAGGAUUAAUUGUUGCUGUAUUUUUUUGACCAGUUAACAUAUUUGAGGAUAAUUUUAUUUAUUUUUUGUUUUUUAACGGAGAAUUUUGUUUUUAUUUUUAAUUAUUUGGAUCUGGUAUUUUUCUACUACUAGAUAGGACUCUUGCUUUGGACCUACUACAUGGAUCAGUAAAUACCUGGGCACAGGACUUCAAAGCAAACACAGAUUCCCCCUCCCCCUUAAUAUUUAAGAAUUAAAAGAUGAUGAGAAAUAAGGACAAAAGCCAAGAGGAGGACAGUUCGCUACACAGCAAUGCAUCGAGUCAUUCAGCAUCUGAAGAAGCUUCGGGUUCAGACUCAGGCAGCCAGUCGGAGAGUGAGCAGGGCAGCGAUCCAGGAAGUGGACAUGGCAGCGAGUCAAACAGUAGUUCUGAAUCUUCGGAGAGUCAGUCAGAAUCUGAAAGUGAAUCGGGAGGUUCCAAAUCCCAGCCAGUUCUUCCAGAAGCCAAAGAGAAGCCAGCCUCUAAGAAGGAACGGAUAGCUGAUGUGAAGAAGAUGUGGGAAGAAUAUCCUGAUGUUUAUGGGGUUAGGCGGUCAAACCGAAGCAGACAAGAACCAUCACGAUUUAAUAUUAAGGAGGAGGCAAGUAGCGGGUCUGAGAGUGGGAGCCCAAAAAGAAGAGGCCAGAGGCAGCUGAAAAAACAAGAAAAAUGGAAACGGGAGCCCUCAGAAGAUGAACAGGAACAAGGCACCAGUGCAGAGAGCGAACCAGAGCAAAAAAAAGUGAAAGCCAGAAGACCUGUCCCCAGAAGAGCAAUGCCCAAACCUCGUGUUAAAAAGCAACCUAAGACUCAGCGUGGAAAGAGGAAAAAGCAAGAUUCUUCUGAUGAUGAGGAUGAAGAUGAUGAAGCUCCCAAAAGGCAGACUCGCCGCAGAGCAGCUAAAAAUGUUAGUUAUAAAGAAGACGAUGACUUUGAGACUGACUCAGAUGACCUCAUUGAAAUGACUGGAGAAGGAGCUGAUGAACAGCAGGAUAAUAGUGAAACUAUUGAAAAGGUCUUAGAUUCAAGGCUGGGAAAGAAAGGAGCCACUGGAGCUUCUACUACUGUAUAUGCAGUUGAAGCUAACGGAGACCCUAGUGGCGACUUUGACCCCGAAAAGGAUGAAGGCGAAGUCCAGUACCUCAUCAAGUGGAAGGGCUGGUCGUAUAUCCAUAGCACGUGGGAGAGUGAAGAGUCCUUACAGCAGCAGAAAGUGAAGGGCCUAAAAAAACUAGAGAACUUCAAGAAGAAAGAGGAUGAAAUCAAGCAAUGGUUAGGGAAAGUUUCUCCUGAAGAUGUGGAAUAUUUCAACUGCCAACAAGAGCUGGCCUCAGAGCUGAACAAACAGUAUCAGAUAGUAGAAAGAGUAAUAGCUGUGAAGACGAGCAAAUCUACACUGGGUCAAACAGAUUUUCCAGCUCACAGUCGGAAGCCGGCACCUUCCAACGAACCUGAAUAUCUAUGCAAAUGGAUGGGACUGCCCUAUUCAGAGUGCAGCUGGGAAGAUGAAGCCUUGAUUGGAAAGAAAUUCCAGAGCUGCAUCGACAGCUUCCAUAGUCGGAACAACUCAAAAACCAUCCCAACAAGAGAAUGCAAGGCCCUGAAGCAGAGACCACGAUUUGUGGCUUUAAAGAAACAGCCGGCAUAUUUAGGAGGAGAGAAUCUGGAGCUCCGAGAUUAUCAGCUAGAAGGUCUCAACUGGCUUGCUCAUUCUUGGUGCAAAAGUAACAGUGUAAUCCUUGCUGAUGAAAUGGGCCUAGGAAAGACCAUCCAGACCAUAUCAUUCCUCUCCUACCUGUUCCACCAACACCAGCUGUAUGGCCCCUUUCUUAUAGUCGUCCCUUUAUCCACCCUCACCUCAUGGCAGAGGGAGUUUGAAAUCUGGGCACCAGAGAUUAACGUAGUGGUUUACAUAGGUGACCUGAUGAGCAGAAAUACGAUACGAGAAUAUGAAUGGAUUCACUGUCAGACCAAAAGGCUGAAGUUCAAUGCACUUAUAACAACAUAUGAGAUCCUCUUAAAAGAUAAGACUGUGCUGGGCAGUAUUAACUGGGCCUUUCUGGGAGUGGACGAAGCCCAUCGGUUGAAGAAUGAUGACUCUUUAUUGUAUAAAACUCUGAUUGAUUUCAAGUCCAACCAUAGGCUCCUGAUUACGGGAACCCCUCUUCAGAAUUCCCUCAAAGAGCUCUGGUCCUUGCUGCACUUUAUUAUGCCGGAGAAGUUUGAGUUCUGGGAAGAUUUUGAGGAAGACCAUGGGAAAGGGAGAGAGAAUGGCUAUCAGAGUCUUCAUAAGGUGCUAGAGCCUUUCCUUCUCCGGAGAGUGAAAAAAGAUGUGGAGAAAUCCCUUCCUGCCAAAGUGGAACAGAUUCUCAGGGUGGAGAUGUCAGCCCUUCAGAAACAGUAUUACAAAUGGAUUCUGACUAGGAAUUACAAGGCUCUUGCCAAAGGAACAAGAGGCAGCACAUCUGGUUUCCUUAAUAUUGUGAUGGAACUGAAAAAGUGCUGCAACCACUGUUAUCUCAUUAAACCUCCCGAAGAAAAUGAAAGGGAAAAUGGACAGGAGAUUCUUCUGUCCUUGAUCAGGAGCAGUGGGAAGCUGAUUCUAUUAGAUAAACUGUUGACAAGACUUCGAGAAAGAGGGAACAGAGUCCUUAUCUUCUCUCAGAUGGUGAGAAUGUUGGAUAUCCUGGCUGAGUACCUGACUAUUAAGCACUAUCCUUUCCAGCGCCUGGAUGGUUCCAUCAAGGGAGAAAUCCGAAAACAGGCACUGGACCACUUCAAUGCAGACGGGUCUGAGGACUUCUGUUUCCUGCUCUCGACAAGGGCUGGUGGCCUGGGAAUCAAUUUGGCUUCAGCGGACACAGUCGUCAUCUUUGAUUCUGACUGGAACCCCCAGAACGACUUGCAGGCACAAGCCCGAGCCCACAGAAUUGGUCAGAAGAAGCAGGUAAAUAUUUACCGCUUGGUUACAAAGGGGACCGUGGAGGAAGAGAUCAUAGAACGGGCCAAAAAGAAGAUGGUAUUGGACCAUCUGGUGAUUCAGCGCAUGGAUACCACUGGCCGGACAGUUCUGGAAAACAACUCUGGAAGGUCCAAUUCAAAUCCUUUUAAUAAAGAAGAGCUGACAGCGAUUUUGAAAUUUGGAGCGGAGGAUCUCUUCAAAGAACUCGAAGGGGAGGAAUCAGAGCCCCAGGAAAUGGAUAUAGAUGAAAUUUUGCGCUUGGCUGAAACCAGAGAGAAUGAAGUCUCAACAAGUGCAACAGAUGAGCUUCUGUCACAAUUUAAGGUUGCCAACUUUGCAACAAUGGAGGAUGAAGAAGAACUAGAAGAGCGGCAGAAAGAGCUGGAAGAAAUUUAUAUGUUGCCUCGAAUUCGGAGUUCCACUAAAAAGGCUCAGACAAAUGACAGUGACUCUGAUACUGAGUCUAAGAGGCAGGCCCAGAGAUCCUCUGCCUCUGAGAGUGAGACAGAUGACUCUGAUGAUGACAAGAAGCCCAAGCGCAGAGGGCGCCCCCGAAGUGUGCGGAAGGACCUCGUGGAGGGAUUCACUGAUGCCGAGAUCCGGAGGUUCAUCAAGGCAUAUAAGAAGUUCGGUCUCCCUCUUGAACGGCUGGAGUGCAUAGCACGUGAUGCUGAGUUGGUAGAUAAGUCUGUAGCAGAUCUGAAGCGCCUAGGGGAAUUGAUUCACAACAGCUGUGUGUCAGCAAUGCAAGAAUACGAAGAGCAGCUGAAAGAAAAUGCCAGCGAGGGGAAAGGACCAGGGAAAAAGAGAGGCCCAACUAUCAAGAUAUCUGGGGUUCAGGUUAAUGUGAAAUCUAUUAUCCAACAUGAAGAAGAGUUUGAGAUGCUGCAUAAAUCUAUCCCUGUAGACCCUGAAGAAAAAAAAAAAUACUGCUUAACCUGUCGUGUCAAAGCUGCACAUUUUGAUGUCGAGUGGGGAGUAGAGGAUGAUUCUCGCCUAUUACUGGGAAUUUAUGAACACGGCUAUGGAAACUGGGAGCUAAUUAAAACGGAUCCAGAGCUUAAGUUAACUGACAAAAUCCUGCCAGUGGAGACAGAUAAAAAGCCCCAGGGAAAGCAGCUGCAGACCCGAGCGGACUACUUGCUGAAGCUGCUCAGGAAGAGUCUGGAGAAGGAGGGGGCCGUGACUGUAGGGGAAGAGGCCAAAUUAAAGAAGCGGAAGCCUCGAGUAAAGAAGGAAAAUAAAGCACCGAGGCUGAAAGAUGAGCAUGGAAUUGAGUUUUCAUCUCCUAGACACUCAGAUAAUCCAUCAGAAGAGGGAGAAGUAAAGGAUGAUGGCUUAGAAAAAAGUCCAAUGAAAAAGAAACAGAAGAAGAAAGAGAACAAGGAGAACAAGGAGAAACAAAUGAGUUCUAGGAAAGACAAGGAAGGGGACAAGGAACGGAAGAAAUCAAAAGAUAAGAAAGAGAAGCCUAAAGGUGGUGAUGCCAAAUCUUCAAGUAAAUCAAAGCGAUCUCAGGGUCCUGUCCAUAUUACAGCAGGAAGCGAACCUGUCCCCAUUGGAGAGGAUGAGGAUGAUGAUCUGGACCAGGAGACAUUCAGCAUAUGUAAGGAGAGGAUGAGGCCUGUGAAAAAGGCACUGAAACAGUUGGAUAAACCUGACAAGGGGCUCAGUGUACAGGAACAGCUGGAGCACACCCGGAACUGCCUGCUGAAAAUCGGGGACCGGAUAGCCGAGUGCCUUAAAGCUUACUCAGACCAGGAGCACAUCAAACUGUGGAGGAGGAACCUAUGGAUUUUUGUUUCCAAGUUUACAGAAUUUGAUGCUCGAAAAUUGCAUAAGUUAUACAAGAUGGCUCACAAGAAAAGGUCUCAAGAAGAAGAGGAGCAGAAGAAGAAAGAUGAUGCGAUUGGUGGUAAAAAACCAUUUCGAGCAGAGGCCUCGGGUUCAAGCCGGGAUUCCCUGAUGUCUCAGUCCCACACCCCGCACAACCCUCACCCCCAGAAGCCUCAUUUGCCUGCCUCUCAUGGCCCACAGAUGCAUGGACACCCAAGAGAUAACUAUAGUCACCCCAACAAGAGACACUUCAGUAAUGCAGAUCGAGGCGACUGGCAGAGGGAAAGAAAGUUCAACUAUGGUGGUGGCAAUAACAAUCCACCCUGGGGUGGUGACAGGCACCAUCAGUAUGAGCAGCACUGGUACAAGGACCACCAUUAUGGGGACCGGCGACACAUGGACGCCCACCGUUCAGGGAGCUACCGACCCAACAACCUGUCCAGAAAGAGACCUUAUGACCAGUACAGCAGUGACCGAGACCACCGGGGACACAGGGAUUAUUAUGACCGGCACCAUCACGACUCCAAACGGAGGCGAUCCGAUGAAUUCAGGCCUCAAAAUUACCACCAGCAGGAUUUCCGACGAAUGUCUGAUCACCGCCCCCCUAUGGGCUACCAUGGUCAGGGACCCUCGGACCAUCACCGCUCUUUCCACACAGACAAAUUAGGGGAGUAUAAACAGCCCCUUCCCCCGCUGCACCCCGCAGUCUCAGAUCCUCGCUCGCCCCCUUCUCAGAAAUCUCCUCACGAUUCCAAGUCACCCCUGGAUCAUCGGUCUCCUUUGGAGAGAUCACUAGAACAGAAAAACAACCCAGAUUAUAACUGGAAUGUUAGAAAAACAUAA